GCCGGAAGCAAUUCGAGCAACAAAAGUCGGGCAACGUCGAAAGCGAUCCGAGUCAAAAGUCGGGUCGCUUCUCCUCCUUGAUUCCUCGUAAAGAGAGGCGACGACGUCGAUCAUUCACCCAACGCCAAGUCGCUACCUAGCUCUAGAAAACUCAUACAUCACAACAAUAUAAUGGUCCGCAUAGGUGUACUAGCUCUCCAGGGUGCCUUUCUCGAACAUGCCAACGCCAUGAGACAGGUCAAGUCAACCUAUGGUUACGAUAUCGAUGUCAUCUUUGUCAAGACGGUCGAGGAAUUACGACAAUGUAACGGUCUCAUCAUUCCUGGCGGCGAAUCCACCGUCAUGCUCAAUCAAGCACGCAACUCUCCCGGCCUCAUGCCCGAGCUUCAGUCUUAUCUUCAGGACCCGUCAAAGCCGGUCUACGGGAGUUGUGCGGGGAUGAUCUUGAUGGCAAGCGAGGAUGGGGUCGGAGGUGGCAAGAAGCCACAGAAGGGUCUGGGGGCUCUGCAGGGGAUGAACGUCUGGAGGAACGCUUAUGGAGCCCAGAACGAGAGCUUCGAGGCCAACAUUCCCUUCCAAGGACUACUAAACCCCGACAUCCCCUUUCCUGCCAUCUUCAUCCGUGCACCCGCCAUCCACUCGCUCGUCCCCUCAACACCAACGCCCUCCUCGAACGCAUCUACAUCCUCGAAACAACCUGCUCGAGAAGACCUUUGCGUCCUACCCCCCUCGCUCGUCCCCCAUAUCCCCGAGAUAGCGGACUCUCCUCUCGGACCCGCCGAUACCGAGGCCAUGAGGAUCGUAGCGAUGAAGCAGGGCAAGAAGUUGGUCACGUCUUUCCAUCCGGAACUAAGCGGGGACUUGAGGGUACACGAGUUCUUUCUGAGAGAGUGCUGUGGGAUGGAGGCGGACGUCUGAUCUGGAAUUGGACUCUAACGAAGGAGGUGUUGGGGAUGUCUUGGAUGUAAGAUGGAUGGAUCGGGCAUAUACAACGAAUAGAAGCAUGUC